AUGCAAGGAAUAGAGCUCGAUCAAUCCGAUCAUUUAAGUGCUUCUCUACUGCACUGGCACGGCCAUGGAAGCUAUUUCCCUCUUCUCCCCUUUCUUCUUCAUAACUCUCUUUCUCGGCUUCUUCAUAACUUUACUGAUAAAGAGAUCAUCAAGGAGCAGAGUGCAUAAGCAACAAGUACUAUUAGCUCCUCUCCCACCCAGCCCGCCCAGGCUUCCUCUCAUUGGAAACAUCCACCAGCUCGUCGGCGGCCACUCUCACCGUAUCCUCCGCCAACUCGCCCGAACUCACGGACCCCUCAUCUGUCUCCGACUCGGACAGGUCGACCAAGUCGUCGCCUCGUCCGUGGAGGCUGUGGAGGAGAUCAUCAAGCGCCAUGAUCUCAAAUUUGCUGACAGACCCAGAGAUUUGACCUUCUCCAGAAUAUUGCUCUACGAUGGGAAGGGAGUCGCCAUGGCCCCCUACGGUGGCUACUGGAAGCAGAUGAGGAAGAUUUAUGCCAUGGAGCUGCUCAACUCCCGGCGCGUCAAGUCCUUCGCCUCCAUCCGCGAGGAUGUCGUCCGUAAGCUCACGGCGGAGAUCGCCAACAAAGCGUUUUCUCGAACACCUGUCAUUAAUCUAAGCGAGAUGACGAUGUCCAUGAUCAAUGCGAAUGUGAUCCGAGUCGCGUUUGGCGACAAGUGCAAACAGCAGGCGGAUUUCUUGCACCUGGUGAAGGAGGCAAUAAGCCACUUCUCCAGCUUCACGGUGGCUGAUAUGUAUCCCUCGCUCAAAUUCCUGGACACUCUCACGGGAUUGAAGUCAAAGUUAGAGGGAGUUCGCGGAAAGCUCGACAAAGUCUUCGACGAAAUCAUCGCGCAGCGUCAAGCUGCACUAGACGAGCAAGCAGAGGAGGAUCUAAUCAUCGAUGUACUUCUCAAACUUAAAGAUGAAGGAAAUCAAGAAUUUCCAAUCACAUAUACCAGCGUCAAGGCCAUUGUCAUGGAAAUAUUCUUGGGAGGGACGGAAACAUCAUCAUCGGUUAUUGAUUGGGUUAUGUCAGAGUUGAUCAAGAAUCCAAAGGCAAUGGAGAAAGUCCAAAAGGAGAUGAGGGAGGCUAUGCAAGGGAAGACCAAGCUCGAAGAGAGUGACAUCCCCAAAUUCAGUUAUCUAAAUUUGGUGAUCAAGGAGACGCUACGGCUCCACCCUCCUGGCCCUCUAUUGUUCCCGAGAGAAUGCAGAGAGACGUGCGAGGUCAUAGGAUAUCGAGUGCCUGCCGGGGCUCGAUUGCUCAUUAAUGCAUUUGCGUUGAGCAGAGAUGAGAAGUAUUGGGGCUCCGAUGCAGAGAGCUUCAAGCCUGAGAGAUUCGAGGGCAUCUCGGUGGACUUCAAGGGCUUCAACUUCGAGUUCAUGCCAUUUGGUGCAGGGCGAAGGAUCUGCCCCGGCAUGACAUUUGGCUUGUCGUCCGCGGAAGUUGCACUGGCUCACCUCCUCUUCCACUUCGACUGGCAGCUUCCUCAAGGCAUGAAGAUCGAAGAUUUGGACAUGAUGGAGAUUUCUGGGAUGAGCGCAACAAGGAGAUCGCCUCUCCUCGUGCUUCCCAAGCUAAUAAUUCCUCUGCCAUAGUCACUUCAUCUCCGCAUAUGAUAUUGCAGAUGCUUUAUAUAGUCUUUUAUAUAUAAUAAGAAAAACAUGCUCAUCCAAUGUUAAAGAGAUAUUUGUAUACGAAAUAAAUUAGUGAAUUAUAUAUUAGAUAUACUUUAUACAACUUAAAGAUUUUUGUUUUUGGUUCUUGGCUAGAUUUUUUCUAUGCCAAUUAGUAAUUAAUUUCUAAAUAAUGCUAAGAUAUACUUUUAAGGAUUAUAA